ACCACAAUUCCCACUCAGCUGUUACUGUAAGACGCUUUCAGUUUCCACAUGCAUCUAUUCACAAAUCCGCGGUGUUGAACAGUAGGAAAGUCGGACUGGGAGUAUCACCACGCGUCGGAUUAAUCACCCCGUCUGUCAGUUUGACCAACUUGUUGCGCAGCUGCUAUUUCUAACCUCCUCUGUGGUCCAUUACCGCAGAGGGAACGAGGCUGUUUUGUGCUUCAGCGGCUUUACGGUGAUAUUUUCUGUGAAGGAAGACAGAUGGAUGAGGCAAGGACGUUGUCUCGCGGAUCAUUUGACCUUUUUGAAUGGGGUUUUAAUGAAGUCCUGUAGCCUACAGUGAAUUUUCGAGUCCCUUUUUAAUAUGAUCUCAGAGACAGGGGAUGCGAAUCAUGAGCUGGACCCGUCCUUGCCACGGACUAGACUGGAGCCACAGCCUCUUCUACCUGACUUUACUCCUGUGGACCAGACGCAUGAACGGACUGGCUGACUUUUCAAACUACCUGUCCAGGAUCAUCACCAGUCACUCUGCUCACGCGUGUGACGGACAGCCUCUGCGACUCCACUGUCCACGUCACUCCACCAUCUCCAUCCAGUCCGCCUUCUACGGGAGCGGCCAGGCGUGGCUGUGCAGAACAGACCCUCCACUCGGAGCCCACAACCACAGCUGCUCAGCUUUUACUGCUCUACAGAAGCUGCUGUCGGAGUGUCAGAGCCUCAGAGAUUGCCAGCUGCCUGUCAACCACCUGCUGUUUGGGAAGGAUCCCUGUCCUGGCACUGCCAAAUACCUCCAUGUGGACUACAAGUGUAAACCAACUGAACACAAAAGACAUGUGGUGUGUGAGGGAGAGACGAUGAUCCUGCGCUGUAAGCCCCCCAGGGUUCUGAACAUCUACGCAGCUGUCUAUGGGAGAAGCCUGGGCCAGACUGACACCUGCCCUUCACACCUGACAAGACCACCCCCAUUUGAGUGUCUGAACCAUGAGGCUGUACACUUGGUGUCCAAGUCCUGCUACAGCAAACAGAAGUGUAUUGUUGCUGUCAGCAACCAGACCUUUAGGGACCCCUGCUUUCCAGGAACCAGGAAGUACCUCAGUGUGGUCUAUUCUUGUGUACCGCAGACUUUACUAAGGGAGGCAGACCCUUACAUAUUCAGCUCCACCUCAUCUCCUACUGUGGACACAGAAAAAGUUCCUCCUGCAGAUCUGGAGGAGCCUUUCUCCAAAGGGUCAAGAAGGCCAGACAACUCAGGAGCUAUGAUGAGCAACUCUCUCCUGACCUAUGCCUACAUCAAAGAGCAUCCAGAAAUGGCAGCGCUGCUGUUCACCUCCAGUGUGUGUGUUGGUCUUCUGCUCACACUGCUGGCUGUGUCAGUCCGAGUGACCUGCAGAGGGCGCCCGCUCAGAGAUCACAAACUCGCACCCAAGUCUCGUAGCCAGACUAUCAACUGCCAGGAGGAGGACGAUGACGUGGAUGAUGAGGAUGAAGAUGAUGAUGACGUAGAGGAAACAGAAAGCUCUCUAAUCUCGGCCACAGAAAGGAAGGCGAUAUACGGCUGGGAGGAAGUGACUUAUGUGAGCGAGGCAGCCGAACGGGCAGAGAGGAUUGAGCGCAGAGAGAUGAUCAUACAGGAGAUAUGGAUGAAUGCCUAUUUCAAUGGCAGCUCAUAUUAACUAAACCGUGACCCCCCGGAUGCUGAUCAGCACCUUCAGGAUUUUUUCAGGAUUCUCUGCAGCAGCUCUCAGCCAUUGAUUAUUAACAAAACAAGAAACUUGUAUUUUAUUUUUUUUUUUACAUUGUAAAGCUGUCCUUGAUGUGUUUUGCCAUUUUUGCAUUAGCGCUCAGUUUGUGAAGAAUGUAAUGUUUGGGUGAAACUGCAGUACUAGCCAUUUUUAAAGGCUCAACAGGGUUUAAUGCUGUAAAAUGGGUGGUCACAUAAAUUAUAUCAUUGCUUAAA